AUGACGACGUGUGCAUGGAAAAAUAUAGGCUGUAGCCUUCAGAAUAUACUCCCUAGUUCUUGGAAACGUAUUGUUGAAUCAUGGCUUCGGGAAGAUGUUCCUAGUUUAGACUAUGGUGGAUUUGUUGUUGGUGAAAAACCAGAAACAGCGGUUCUUUACGGAAAAAGCGAAGGAGUGUUGGCAGGAGUUCCUUUUUUUGAGGAAAUUUUCAAACAACUUGAGUGCAGUGUUGAAUGGUGCUUAAAAGAAGGAGAAAAUAUUAAUCCAGUAAUGAAAGUUGCUAUAGUUCGUGGGCCAGCAAAAAAUAUACUUCUUGGUGAGCGAAUUUCUUUAAAUAUCAUUUCACGUUGCUCUGGAAUCGCUACCAAAUCACGGAGAACGAUUAAUAAGUUAAGAAAUUUGGGUUAUCAUGGUGUAGUUGCUGGCACACGAAAAACGACACCAGGAUUUCGACUCGUUGAAAAGUAUGGAAUGUUGGUGGGAGGUGUAGACCCACACCGAUUUGAUUUAAGCAGUAUGAUUAUGCUUAAAGAUAAUCAUAUUUUGUCAAAAGGUCAUACUCGUUUAUACAAAAUGUUAACUCUGAUCCGAUUUACAGGGUCUAUUACGAAAGCAGUCGAAGCAGCUCGUUUAGUUGGUGGAUUUUCACUGAAAAUUGAAGUAGAAGUACGAUCUGAAGCAGAAGCGGAUGAAGCUAUUCUUUCAGGGGCAGAUAUUGUUAUGUUAGAUAAUUUUCACAAUGAUAAUAUGAAAACUGUCGCUAGGAAUCUGAAACAAAAAUGGAAGAAUAAAACAAAGUUCCUUCUUGAAUGCAGUGGAGGGAUAACAGAGGAAAAUGCACACGAAUUCAUUUCUAAUGGCACUAUUAGUUCUAUUCAUCAAGGUGUUAAACAUGUUGACUUUUCCCUAAAAAUUCACCAGGUGUAA